AUGAGACUUCGCAGCUCAGGCUGCCUCAGGUGGUCGUAUCUACCACAAGAGGUUCGCCGCAACAUUCUACAUGCAAUAGUCGAUCAGAGAAAUCCUCGCUGGUCUGCUUUGGCCUCGGUGUCUAAAGAGUGGCAAAGCGUCAUCGGAAUGAGGAAUAUGGCCAAACUGAACCUUCGGUCAUCGUGUCUGGAGGAUUUUGAGAAAGCAGUCGUUCGACAGAGAGACCUUGUGAGGCAUAUCUAUCUCAAUGUUGAGCUACCCGAAUACAAAUGCAGGCUUUGCAAACGAGAGUUUGACAUCACCACAAGCGAAAAGAAUGAACGUCUGAUGGCCAACGCGACCCAAAGGCUUUUGGUCAUUCUCAGCACGUGGCACACGACAGCACCUUUGACAUUGGAACUCAACGCAUCGUCUCCUAGUGACUCGAAGCACUGGUUCAAGAACUUUCGUUUCAAUGACGAGCACGAUGCUCAUUAUACCCGAGACCAAGUCAUCCCCAUGGGGGCAACGCAUAGUGACUGCCACGACCCCAAGCACGGUUGGGAAAAUGGUGUCCAGGCGAAACCUCCACCUUUCAGCGCAAAUGAGCGGCUGUUUGGGCCUAUCGACUUGCUGCAUUAUGAUCCCGAUUCCGACAUCGUAAAUAUUCCCAAGGUCAACGCAGUUACCCGUUUCAUGAUCCGUCGGCAAUUCCACCAUAUACUUGAGUCUACGGGGUUUGAAUAUAUUCUGUCAAGAUUCAGCCGCCUAGCGGAUUUCGUUUACGAACCAUGGCCUCAAGAAUAUAUAAGUAUCUUUCAUGGUCCAUGGGAACCAUUGAUUAGUACACGUACGCCAGAGACUCUCAAAAGAUUGACUAUAUUUCAGGAUUCCAAACACUAUCUCACAAAGAGUGCCCCUCAAAAACCAGAUUUAAGCAUCAUUCCCCCCCAAUAUACGUCGUUGCUCAAACCCGCUGACAACACUACGAGCAUCGCUCAGACAAGUCUGAGACUAAAUGAACUCUACGUCUCAUUCUUUAUCGAUGCUAUGAACUUCUUCGAGGCAUGUGAGGAAGAAUGGACAUGGGAUCACCUUAAAUCUCUCUCCCUAACAUCCAGUCGUCUCUUCCAGAGUAUAAAGGGACAGAAGCAUCGCAUCGAUGACCUUCUUAUUGCCGCAGCAAAGCUCGUACUGCGAAUGCCGAACCUGACUACCAUGGUACUCUGGAAUGGAGGGACAGGGAGAGCUUGUGCAUUCAUGUACACCAGGACGGAGCACUAUGCCCAUAUUACCUGGCGAGGAACUUGGGACUUGGAGAUCAGCCGACAAGUCUUGGAGGCAUGGGAGGAUGUUGCCAAGCUUCAUUCGGUGAAGCUCAAAGUCAGGCAUGAGCGACUUCACGAGACCAUCAGAUCUCAUGGAGACGCCAUCUUCCAUCUCAACUUGCCUUGCCAGGUUAUCGAGCCUACGUCGCUCUGGCAAAUCCGGAUGGAGGACGCGCAGGGACUUUAA